AUGAAACCGCUGCAUCUGCUCCCGGCGGGCGAAGCCCACCCGCACCGCAUCUCGUCGCCACUGUCGGAGCCGGGAGUGGUCUUCAUCAAAACGCACGCCACUGGCUCGAGCACACUGACGUCGAUCAUGCACCGCUUUUGCGACGCCAACGGCAGCACGUGCUUUGUCUACCCACGGGGCGUGCACGCAGGUUCUACAUUGAGCGCCGCACAGCUGCGUGAUUGGGUGGCGCCCGAUUCCAUCCGCAUUUUUGCUAACCACGCAGUCUACGAGCCGGUUUCCUUUGCUGCCCUCUUCCCCACCCACAAGGUUGUCUCGCUCUUCCGGCACCCGGUUGCGCGGCUCGCCUCCUCGCUCCGCCACGCGCGCACUGCGAAGCUCGAGUGGUGGCUCAGUGCGGCGCUUUCAGGCCGCCCACGCGCACUCCCCUGGGCUCGCGCGUGCGGCCCGCAGGGCCCGCUCAUGUCUGAGCACGUGCCGCUGCAGCAUCUGUGGCGGCUCGACCUUGUGAUGCUCACCGAGGAGUACGACCGGUCUCUCGUGCUUCUCCGUCGGCUGCUUGGCUGGUCGCUCGCAGACCUGCUCUACUUGCGCCUGAAGGAGUCCUCCGGCCACCAGCAAGCCUUGGCGAGCCGCUUUGAGCGCUGGCUGUAUGGUGCAGUGGCCAACACGAGCGAAGGCUCGGCCGCCAACCUGAUGUGGCAGCGCUGCGUGCUCAGCGAUGAGACCCGCCUGUACUUUUGGGCGCAGCAGCGCUUUCGCGAGCAGCUCAGGGUCGCGGCCCCCGGCAUCGAGCAGGAAGAGCGCCGCUUCGCUGAGCUGCAGGCCGAGCUCGCCGCCGCCUGUAGCGGCACCAAGGCCGCUGCGAGGCCUCACUGCGCGCGAUUCUUCGAGGACAACCUCCAGUGGAACGCUCGGCACGGCGGGGGUACUACCAGGGCUGCCUCGGGCGCAUCGACUACGGAGACUGACCGGCAGGAGCGCCGGAGUGACCACACCUGA